GAUCAUGCUGGUCAUAUAUUUGGUGUUAAUUCCAUUCCAAUGACAGAAAAACUGGACCAAUACAAUGUUAUUUUAGAGAACGUUGUUGAAAUGCUGGAAAGCCAGUCUGGACCUGGUGGCUUACAUGAGAAUACUUUACUUCUUGUGAUGGGUGAUCAUGGCCAAACCAUAAAUGGUGACCACGGUGGAGGAACUGCAGAAGAGUAUCACAUCAUGCAGGUUGAAACUGCAAUUUUUGCGAUGGGAUUGAAGAAGCCUCCAUCUUCCUUGCUGUUGGAACAUGAUACUUCAUCUUGUCAACUAGAUUUGGAUGGAAGACUAGUGUGCAUUAGUUCCAUUCAACAGAUUGACUUUGCGGUGACAGUGUCAGCAUUGCUUGGUGUUCCCUUUCCUUUUGGAAGCAUUGGACGUGUGAAUCCUGAACUGUAUGCUUUAGCUUCUGGAACAUGGAAUUUCGAAAGCUCUAAAGAGGGUAUUUACCAAAAUCAAUCAAACACGGAAGAAUGGAUGCAAAAUUAUGUCAAUGUGCUCUGCAUCAAUUCUUGGCAGGUGAAGAGAUACAUUGAUGUAUAUUCAGCUUCAUCUGUCAUCGGGUUUUCAAAUGAAGAUUUGUUGCAUUUAUCAGCAAUGUAUUCUCAAGCAAUGGAGAAUUGGUCAAAUACAAUGAUCAACUUACUGCUACAUAAAAAUGAAAGCUGUCAUACAUCCUUACCUGAUCUCAGGAGGCAAACCGAUGCAUAUUUUAGUUUCUUGGCAAGUGUUGCUGAGCUAGCACGCUCAAAAUGGACCGAGUUUAAUUUGAAGAUGAUGGGAAUUGGUUUUGGUGUGAUAUUGACUUCAUUGCUUGUCCAUUUGCUCGCCAUCCGAAGACUGGACAAACUAUGUGGAGUUCAUUUUCUUUCCCAUGCCGAGUCUGGGAUUUCCUUUGGAUUGACUUUUUCUUGUUUGGUGGUGGUAAUACGUGCAUGCAGCUUCCUUUCAAAUAGUUAUAUUUUGGAAGAAGGAAAAGUCGCAAGUUUUCUUGCUGCCGCAACUGGGAUGCUCAACUUACGUUAUUCAAUAAUGAAAGGGAAGAUGCUAGUGGAAGCAGUUGUGUUUGUUCUGUUUAUCUCCAUUCUCAGAUUUACUAUUGAACUUGGGCUAUCAAAGCAGGCUGUCAGUUCAGUAUUACUGGAUAUAUGCCCUUCAUGGAUAGCUGAACUCGUGCCAGUGCUAGCUCUUGUCGUCUUAGCAUUCAUGCUGCUUAAGAGCAUUGCUCACCGCUCGUGUAAGAGAAUUAUUAAGUAUGUUAUAAUAGGAACCAUAUUAAGUUAUCUGCUCAUUGCUGCAUAUUGGGCCUCAGAAAGUAAACUACUAAAUUUGCCUCUGCCAAAAGGCAUACGAAGAAAUUUCAUUCCUCAAAUAAUCUAUAUUAUUGGUUGUGCACAACUGUCAUCCCUAGCACUUCUUCGAUUUCUUACUGAAGAAAAAACUCCAAAUUGGGAAGAAAACAUAGUUUUUAAAAUGGUGGCCAUGCUGUCUGCAUGGAGUUCAACAGUUAUCAUUCUAUCUGGAAGACAAGGUCCCUUGGUUGCUUUAGCAUCCAUAAUUGGAGGUUGGUGCAUAAUGAGGUUGAAGAGUUUUGAACAGGAUUGCAAAAAUGGCACUCCUGGAACAUUGUCCUUGUAUUCUUCCCCUGUUACACAAUGGAGUCUUAUAGCUGUGUGCCUUUUUUUCUGCACUGGCCACUGGUGUGCUUUUGAUGGCCUCCAUUACGCUGCUGCAUUUAUUGGGUUUGAAGAAUUCAUCCUUGUUCCACAAGCUAUUCUUCUUAGUAUUGAUACAUUUGGUUUUUCUCACAUUCUUCCAAUAUUUGGACUUCCAUUUCUUGUUGCACGUCAACUUCCAUUUGGUCAGGGUGAGCAGCAGAGAAAAAGAUUCUUUUUCAUGCAAUUAUCUCAAGUGUAUUUGAUGUAUGGAUUCAUUACAGCAAUUUCAAUCACAUUCACAAUAUUGUGUGUCACAAUUCAAAGACGGCACCUGAUGGUGUGGGGGUUAUUUGCUCCUAAAUUUGUUUUUGACGUGGCGGGCCUCAUUUUAACAGAUGUCCUAAUCUUCUUGGCAGUGCUUUAUUAUGACUUUUUGGGGCAAAAAUAAUUUAGUUUUUGUGUAGGAGUGGAAGUGUGUUGUGCUGUUCAUAUUUGAUAUAACCCAUCAACCAGAUGGCCCCUGACUCACGCUUCCUUGAUUUUGCAUCAUUUUUAAAAUAUGACUUGGCUGAUUGUCGUAAUUGCACUUCAAUGAAUCCAAACUGUUGAUUGAAGAGUCCUACAUGGAACUCAAUAAUCUUGGGGGAUGAUAGAUCUUCGUAGAUAGAGAGAGAUGAUUCUGAUUUUAAAUUACAGAGGCCUGAGCUAGGCAGAUACUUUCCCCUGUUACCGUAAUACUUGUAAUGGCUUACUAUAUAAGGUGGUAGACAAAUGAUUAAAGAGGAUGAUCUCAGAGUUGUCUUUUUAGUGAUUUAGUGAGUGGAUGAAUGGUUCAUAUAUUGUAUUUGUUUGAAAUUGUAUCUUCUACGAUUUUUAUUAUUAUUAUUAUUAUUUUGACCUCCUCUUCAAUGGUUGUUUA